UCUAUCAAUUUAAUAUAUACGUAUAUAUAUAUGUUAUAUAUAUAUAUAUAUAUAUAUAUAUAUAUAUAUAUAUAUAUAUAUAUAUAUAUAUAUAUUAAAGAUAUUUAGGUUAUUUCUUUAAUUUAAAAAAUAUAUGUAUAAAAAAAGAUACGUCAAUCUUUCGUAUUUUUUAUUGACAAUACUAUGAUAGUUAAUUAGCAGCCUUAAAAAAAUGCUUAUUGCCAAAAACAUAUUCUUUGUAAUUUUAAGAAAUAUACUUUUUUUAGAAAUAAUAAUAUAUCGAAUCAAUAAUCCAAUGCUUUAAAAUUUUAAAUAUUCAAAUAAUAAGAAUAAAUUCUGUCAAAAAAAUUGAAAACUAACUUUUUUAACUGAGUUCUAUUUUUAUUCUAUUUUUGCGAUGCACUGUCAACGGUAUUUUGUGGUGAAAAAAUUCUACCUGGGAAAGUUCAUUACAUUUUUACAUUUAUUUUUGUCGUCUCCCUGGACAACGAGAAAGAAAAUCGCGAAACAAAUUUCAUUCGUCUCGUCAUUAAUCCGCGUCAAACAUUUCCGGUGCCAAUAGCGCUCUUUUAUCCCACCUAUUGCGAGCUAACAAAUCUUCAAAAUGCGCGAAGUACUUUCGAUCCACAUCGGCCAAGGCGGCGUGCAGAUGGGCAACGCCUGCUGGGAGCUUUAUUGCUUGGAGCACGGCAUACAACCCGACGGCAUGUUGCCAUCACAGACCUGCGGUACGACCGACGAGGGCUUCCAGACUUUCUUCAGUGAAACGGGUGGUGGAAAAUAUGUACCUAGAGCUGUUUUUAUUGAUCUCGAACCCACGGUGAUAGAUGAGGUGCGUACGGGAACGUAUCAUCAGCUGUUCCAUCCCGAACAACUAAUCUCUGGCAAGGAAGACGCUGCAAACAAUUACGCACGUGGUUUCUACUCUCUGGGCAAAGAGAUCAUUGACCUUGUAUUAGACAGAAUACGCAAAAUAGCCGACAUGUGUGCUGGUCUUCAGGGCUUUCUCAUCUUCCAUGCAUUCGGCGGCGGCACCGGAUCCGGCUUCGCUAGUCUGCUGAUGGACCGAUUGUCCAUGGAUUACGGCAAGAAGGCGAAGCUAGAGUUCGCCAUAUAUCCGUCACCGCAGAUCUCCACAGCGGUCGUUGAACCCUAUAACGCGAUCCUGACGACCCAUACCACAUUGGAGAACUCCGACUGCGCAUUCCUCGUCGACAACGAGGCGAUCUACGAUAUUUGCCGACGCAAUUUGGAUAUCGAGCGACCGACUUAUACGAAUUUAAACCGAUUGAUCGGCCAGAUUGUCUCCUCGAUCACGGCUUCCCUGAGGUUCGACGGCGCUCUCAAUAUCGACCUUACCGAGUUCCAGACGAAUCUUGUACCCUAUCCAAGGAUACACUUCCCUCUAGCGACUUAUGCGCCCAUCGUAUCCAUCGAAAAGGCCUACCACGAACAGCUCACCGUAAUGGAGCUUACCUCGGCCUGCUUCGAGCCGGCCAUGCAGAUGGUCAAGUGUGACCCGCGACGGGGCAAAUACAUGGCCUGCUGCUUGCUCUACAGAGGUGAUGUGGUACCGAAAGAUGUCAAUGCCUCCAUCGCGACCAUCAAGACCAAGAGAACGAUACAGUUCGUUGAUUGGUGUCCGACGGGUUUCAAGGUAGGAAUCAAUUACCAACCGCCAACCGUAGUGCCGGGCGGAGAUCUGGCAAAGGUGCAGAGAGCUAUGGCCAUGUUGGCGAAUACCACGGCGAUCGCGGAAGCAUGGAGACGAUUAAACCGAAAAUUUGAUCUUAUGUUCAGCAAACGCGCUUUCGUUCAUUGGUAUGUCGGCGAAAACAUGGACGAGAACGAAUUUAACGAAGCCAGGGAAGAUCUGGCCGCGUUAGAGAAAGAUUAUCACGAAGUCGCCACAGAUACCCUGGACAUCGGCGGCGAAGAAGUUUAAUCCGAAAGACUCGCAGUAACAAUCGCGUGCAUUAAGAACGCAUGCACUUUGGUGGGAUAAACGAACGUUUCUUUUUAUUUUUAUUUAUUUAUACGGUUGUACCGUUUUUCUAGAAUUUUUACAUUGUUUUGCUGUCCUCUUGUACAUUAUAUAUAUAUA